AUGGUGACCAAGAGCGAGAUUUUAUACGUCCGGUUCCAAAAGAGGGCGGCCGAGCUCUCGGGAGAGCCGACCGAGCCGAGAAAGAAGGCGAAGGUCUCGGCGACCACAGCGGUCGAGACGGGCGCUCCUCGCCCUGCGCACUCCGAAGCUGGUCGGAGGGAGGGCGCGGGUUCUAGGGGCGCGGGUUCUAGUGGAGCUACGGCGGCGCUCCCGUGCCCGGCGCCAAUUUUACAGAUUCCUGGUCGUCAGGAAGCCCCAACUGCCGACCAGGGAGGGAGUUCGGCGGGUCUGGCGCUUGCGCGCCCCGCCUCGGUUGUGCGGCAGUCAGAUCGGCCGCCUGUCCGACCCCAGCCCUCCAGUUCCGAGCCGGGGAGCAGCCAAGGAGCUGCGGGGUCGGCUCCGCCCAGGUCAGCCGAAGUCGGCCUUCCGGACCCGUCGGGCUCACGGGAGCGGGUGCCUUACGCUCCCGUCUGGUCGGUCUUCGAGGGCGAUUCGGCCCUCGAUAAUCCCCAAGUGGCGCGCGAAGUAUUCCGGGUCGCGCUACUUCCGGCCGACCAGGCCAAAAUACGGUCCAUGAACUACGGCACCUUCAUGGACUCCACUCUUUGCUCUGCCGUCCGGCAUCUGCACGAGACGGAGACGCUGAUGCACAUCGUGCAAGACUACCGGGAGCGAGCCCGGAGGCAUCAGCAGGGGCACGAGGAGGCCGAGGCAAGGUGCCUGGCGUCCGAGGCCGAGCGCCAGGCGCUCCAAGCAAGGGUGGGAGCGGCCGAGGACGAGGUUCGAGCUCUGACCGCCGAGCUCGAAGAGGAGAAGGGCGCGCACACGUUGGCGAGAUCUGAAGUGCGCGCCGUGGAGGCUCGUUUGGCCGAGGCCGAGCUGGCGCUGGCCACCCGCGAGCAAGAGGUGGGGAACGCCCGCCUCAAAACCUUGGAGCUCGAGCUGGAAGUAAAAAACCACGAGCGGAAAGCCGCGUACCACGAGGCUCGGGAGCAGGCCCAAGAUGCGGUUAGGCUCUUCCGCGAGUCGGAGGAGUUUCGUGACCUUCUGGAAGAGGAAGGCGUGAACGGGCUGAUUCAAGGCUUCAAGGACUUCCGCAACCAACUGCGGCGGCUCCUUCCGGACUUUGACCUGAACCUGCUUAAACCGGGAGCAGGGGUCGAAAGGUCGGAGGCGGAGGCAGAAGCUCCGGGGGCCGACCAGGAAGGUCUGGCCGAGGCGGCCGAGGCUGUCCCCGAGGUCACCGAGAUGGCCUCCGAGGCUGUUCCUGGCGCUGCCGAGGAAGAGGCUUUGAUCGCAGAGCCGGUCAUUCCUGAAGUCGCUGAGCCCGAGACUUAG